UUUGCACGUAACUGCUGGAGGACGCACCCCAUGCAGAUUUGGUCGGCGCUGGGGAGCUGGCCGAGCUCGGUGAGCCACUUCUUCGGCGCCGCCGGUGGCGCGGUCGCCGGCGGCCCGAGCGUGAGCAUCCAGGACGCGCUGGCGAACACGAGGACCGACGACGCCGGCGCGCUGCUGCGCGAGGGCACCGCAGCGCUGCUCAACUCCAUGACCCGCCCGGGGUUCGGCUACACCACCCAGCUGGUGAGGGACGCAUUCACGGCGGCCGCGGCUGGUGGCUUCGACAGUGUCGAGGCGGCGCAGGUGGCGGCGUUCAAGAAGGCCAACGAGGGGAAGAAGGCAUAG